GGGAGUCUGGGACCGGAAUUCCUAUCUAGUCCCUGCCUAGUUCCAAUGUGACAGCUCUUCGCUGUUGUGCCCAUCGCAGCCUCGUGGCAGAGGAGUAACAGUGCUGGGACCUCUCUUUGGAUCAACGGUCCCUAGAUUUCUAGUCGGACCCCUUGGGUCAGGGCUCUGUAUCUUAUUUCCGGCGGCGGAGAGGAGCAGUUGCUAUAGUAAUUAGAGAAAGACUGCGUCUGUCGGGCUGCUCCGAGAAGACUGCGGUUUUGGCUGCGCCCCGGGGUUUGUGAGCUGAGAUGAGAAAGGAAAAGAAUAGGAAUCUGGAACAUUUCUGCCAAGGAGUUUCCAUGUGAGAAUAACCUUUUAAGGAAAAAGAAUUGGCAGAAGAUCCAACUUAAUAAUAAUAAUAAUAAUAAUAUAUUUUAAAAUUGCUUUCUGUCAGAAUGGCUGCCAGCCCAGGAAACGAUGCAGUUUUUACCUGUCAGAAAUCAACGCUUUCAGGGAUUCCUGGGACCAAGAAGUCUCCACUAAGUGAAGAGGAGAUAUUUUAUAUGAAUUGUAGAGCUGCCUACUUAACUGUCUUCAAGAGCAGCUUAGAAAAUAUUAUUUCUAAAGACCAACUUUGCCUGGCUCUUCAGCAUGCAGGAAGAAAUCCAUCCCAAAAGAUCAUUAAUAAGUACUGGACUCCUCAAACUGCCAAAUUGAAUUUUGAUGAUUUUUGUAUAAUUUUAAGAAAGGAAAAACCUACUUCAAAAGCAGAAUUGCUAGAAUCAUUUAAACAGUUAGAUGUAAAUGAUGAUGGCUGUAUUUUACACACGGACCUUUAUAAAUUUCUAACAAAGAGAGGUGAGAGGAUGACUCAAGAAGAAGUAAAUGCCAUAAUCAAUCUGGCUGAUGUAAAUGCUGAUGGCAAGUUUGACUACAUUAAAUUCUGUAAAUUAUAUAUGACAACCAAUGACCGAUGUCUCAAGACUACACUAGAAAAACUAGAGGCCAACAGGAAACUGAGGCUUCAACAGUUUGGAAGCCACUUUGAAGGGUCCCCUGAAAGAGACCCAUCACCAGUACCAAAACCAUCACCUAGAGUCAUAAGAAAAAGUGACCAGGAAACAGUCUCAAAUAAAGGUGAAAUAAGGAAUUCCUUGCUGUCAGCAACUAGAAAGUUCAAAGCAUCUGUUUCCUUCAUGAUCACAUUAGCUGCCAAUAGUAACCAAAAUGCAAGGUUGAUGGAGCCAAACUUAAAGGACUGGCAAUGUGUACAAUCCAAAGGCUGCUUCUUUUUAGAAGAUGAUGGUGAAAUCAUUAGUCACCAAUACAAGAUGCAAAUAGCUCAAAGGUCCAUGGUUUAUCUAACAAUUAAGCCAUUAAAUUUGAGUCAAGUAGAAGGAAAAUCAUCUCCAUGGCUAUCCGUUGACACUGCUUUAUAUGUUGUAAAGGAAAGUGAGAGUGAGGCCCAUCCACAGCUCGUGUGCUUCACUGACCUGCGGAACAGAGAAGUGUUUGGAUGGACUGGUGAACUUGGACCUGGGAUUUACUGGUUAAUUCCUUCCACAACUGGCUGUAGGCUGAAGAAAGAAAUCAAACCAAUCACAGAAGAAGUUCAACUUGUGUAUAGAGAUGAAGCAGGGAGAUUAUGUCUUACAAGUGAAUUUAGGUCAACUUUAUCAGAUGUAUUUGAAGUAAUUGAUUUAGAUGGAAAUGGUUUUCUCAGCCUUGAAGAAUACAAUUUUUUUGAAUUGAGGACAAGUGGUGAAAAAUGUGAUGAAGAUGCUUGGGCGGUCUGCAGAGAGAAUUUUGAUACAAAGAAGAAUGAAUUAACAAGACAAGGGUUCUUGGAUUUGAAUCUGAUGGAAGCCAAUGAUCGGGAAGGAAAUCCUCUUGAUCUGUGGGUAACUCUUCAUGCAAUGGGCUAUAAUAAGGCUCUGGAGCUAACAGAGGCAUGUCCGUUUGUCAUUGAUCUUUAUGCAGAGAAGUGCAAGCCACGAAUUAAAGCUGUCCUUAUGGAAGCAUGCAGUGGACAACUCGAGAAGGCCAUCUGUAAAUGUGUCCAUAGUAGAGGUGAUGCUAAAGUAAUGGAUGGCUAUGACAAUAUAAUCAUACAUACUUUCAGUUGUGACACUUGGAUAACAUCAACUAUUGAAAAUAAGUCAGAUAAUAAAGUAAUUAUUCACAUCAACAAUGAGCUGAGUGAAAACUGUGUCAACAACAGAGGUCUCAACAUAUUUGCAGUAGAAGUGGCCCCAAAGUCAACAAUGGUUUGUCAGCAUGUAAUGCCUCUGAAUGAACAACAAGAAUGGAUAUAUCAUUGUGUGUUUUCCCUUAUAUCUUAAAUCAUUCCACUUGCAGACACCAACCCAAGAGCGCCUUUAGAAUGAGUUUGCUGCUUAUUCAUUCACUAAGUACUACUCAAUUUAGCAUACUUAACUAACACACUAAUUUAUAUGCAUUUAUAUGUCAUGCCCAUGUUAUAUACUUUCUUAUUAAAAUAUAAAUGUUUUAAAUGUGUUCCUGUCUUGUUAAUUUAUUAGGAAAUCUAAGUAUAUUUUUUAUUAUGAAUAGUAUGCCAAAAGAAA